AUGGCAGACGCCGCCCUCCCAUACCAUGAGCCUGGGAUCAUUACAAUCCUAGUCCAGUCGUCUUUCUUUCUGGUCUUGAAUGUUCUAGGCACUGCUCUGGAUCAUGUUUUCUACUGCGGUCUUGUGGGCCAAGUCCUGAUUGGAAUGGCUUGGGGAACACCUGGCUCGAAGAUGCUGUCUCGUGAAUUCGAGGAUGCGGCCACUCAGAUUGGUUACCUGGGCUUGAUCGCGAUUGUCUUCGAGGGCGGACUGGCAACUUCGGCCAAGUCUCUUGGGAGCUCCCUGUUACUGUCUAUCUGCGUGGCCCUCACCGGCAUAUGUCUGCCAAUGGCCCUCUCUUUCUCUCUGACUGGGAUUUCCAAUGCCACGAACCUACAAGCGUUUGCAGCCGGAGCGGCACUGUGCUCAACCAGCCUAGGCACCACCUUCAGUCUUUUGAAGACGACCAGCCUGACCACGAGCCGUCUGGGCACGAUUCUCACCAGUGCCGCAAUGUUGGAUGAUGUUGUCGGGCUGAUCAUGGUUCAAGUCAUAGCCAACUUGGGCUCCGGUCAUAGCUCCAUUUCAGCGACCACAGUCAUACGCCCGGUUUUUGUAUCCUUUGGCUUCGCCAUCGUCAUUCCCAUGACCUGCAAGUUUUUGGUGAAGCCAGCUUUACCUCACGUCUUCGGGCUAUUUGUCAAGGUGAGAGAGAAACUCGCUCUAAAGGCACUGGAUCAAGAGAUGAAGAUAUUCUUCCUUUUAUCGACGGCAUUUUUAGCCGCCUUGAUCACCGCAGCAAGCUAUGCUGGAACAUCAAAUCUAUUCGCCGCCUACCUAGCAGGAGCUACCAUAUCCUGGCUGGAUGAAGCUAGUCUACAGACCACAGAGACUCGAUCCCAAGGGAAACGUUCGGAGAGAGCAAAGCUUCAAAAUUGUGCGGUCAAUGUGUCCUCCAAUAUCGCAUCAGAACCAUCCGGGGCGUCUCAAUCUGCGAAUGAGGACCCAGAAUCAAAGAAAGAGAUGUCCCAAGACCAUCAGCCGCCUCUGUCGCCGCUGUUGAGGCUAUCCGGUGAACUCACGCCGCCUCCCGAGAAUCCAAGAUCGGUAACGACUGUCGAUCAAGAUUCAGGAGCGGCCGAUAUCCCUGACGCUCUCGACGUGGAGAGCCGUGGCCUCCGGAUGUACAACCACUUCUAUGCACCUGCGGUGGAGCGGGUCCUGAAGCCAUUUUUCUUCGCCUCUAUCGGCUUUUCCAUUCCAAUCACCAAGAUGUUCCGCGGCCCUGUCAUCUGGCGCGGGCUAGUUUAUGCGUCGUUCAUGGCUAUCGGCAAGUUCUUCUGUGGCAUGUGGCUGAUUCGCUUCUCCAACUCUUCGCCACCGCCGCCGCCGACGUCGCAGUCUCCGAUAUCCAACAAAACCCGCAAGGAUAAGCAGCAAGGGAAGAAACAGGUUAUCCUAACGCGUAGGUCCCUCCCCCGGCCAAAGUCUCUCUAUCCAGCGUCGAUUCUCGGCUGCGCAAUGGUCGCUCGAGGCGAGAUUGGAUUCCUGAUCUCCGCGCUCGCCGCAACCAACGGCAUCUUUACAAGCAGGCGAACGACCGGCAACGGCAACGACAACGACAGUGGCGCGGCCGCGGAUGGAGACGACGGUCUUGUCUCGGACCUAUACUUGAUCGUCACGUGGGCGAUUCUUCUCUGCACCAUCGCCGGCCCGCUAGCCUUGGGCUUCCUGGCGAAAAGGGUCAAGAGGCUGCAAGUGGAAAGGGCACGAGAUGGUGGCAGUCACGGGACAAAGGAGGACCCGCUGGGUAUCUGGGGCGUCAAUUAG